GCGUAACUAGCAAGCAAGCUCGCACGCAAGCCAGCGGCGAGUACUAAACACCGAAGUGUAGCUGCAUGAGUUCGGAUAUCCGAUCGAGGAAAACUGCGCGGCCGAUACUGACCAGGAAGGUCAAUGUGAAAUAAAACGCUCUCUGUUAUCCUGACCACGAAGCAAACCGGACGUGUAAGAUAUCAUCCUUUUUCCACAUCCGAAUACACCCUUUGAUAUUCCAUAACUGGUGACCCCGAACGCGAAAUCCAAUAACUGAGUGUCGAUUGCAAAAUCAUAAUCGCGCAAUUUACCGCCGCGGAGUGUGUACCGUUGUUAAAAUCGUCGUCGAGUUAUCUUUCAAUCGCGUAGUUCACUUCCGCACGGAUCGCAUAUCCCACACGCCACGUGUACCGCGCUUUCCCCUAACAAUUAAACGCGAGUGUUAAACGUUCAACGCGAUGCCUGACACUGAACUGGCAGGGAAGACGACAGCACCGAUUGUGGCGAAGAAGGAAGAGGCAGAAAUAGCGAAAUCAGAAGCCAAGAUUCGUUUCCCCGACUUCGACUCCGAAGAUGUAGAAACCUGGUUCGUGUGCUUAGAAGCGGCAUUCUAUGUGAACAGUGUGCUUUCCGACAAGCAUAAGUUUAACGCGGUGAUAGUAGCACUUGGAACACGCGCAAAAUUUUUUCACCCCACCAUUGCUAAAUGCAACAAGUCGACCUUGACAAAUCGAUAUGACACCAUGAAAAAGUCAGUCAUCGAUUUUUUUCUGCCGUCGGAAAACCAACGUCUUACGAGCUUACUCUCCGGUGUCGCGCUAGGUGAUCGGAAACCGAGUGUGCUCCUUUCCGAGAUGCGCAGAAUGGGAGGAGAAGGUUGUUCCGAUAACGUCCUGCGUAACAUUUGGCUACGCGCUUUACCGACCACCGUUCGUUCUAUCAUCGCCGCGAUGCCAUCCGCAUCGCUUGACGAACAAGCCAGCGUGGCUGAUAAAAUCCUCGAAGCCCCCACCAACGUCAUAAGCACCGUAACAAAAACCGAUGAACCUGCACCCCUAUGCAGUUUAGAGGCCCGCAUCGAUGCACUCUCACGUCGCUUGGAUGAAGCUCUAUCAGCUGAUCGUUAUCCGUAUCCUCACCGUAACACAUACAGCGAUCCUCGACCCAGACAGCGUGCUCCGUCUAGACAACCAUGGGGCCAACGAACUUCAAGUGCCUCGGGAUCACGAACACCAUCACGAGCUACACGACGCUGGAUCUGUUGGUUCCACUAUCGCCAUGGGAACAAGGCAGAGAAUUGCGAGAAGGAACAUCCCAGCGAUCCACAGACUACAUGUAUUUUUUUCGACGAGCAUCUCCCAGUUUACUCCCGAAAAAAAUAGUGCGUUUCUCUCUCACCACACAUCCCGAUUGCGCAACUCUCACCGGCAGAGCCGAACCAGUCAGCACCAGCUAUAACACAUCCCAACGACAACCUGCGUGCAGCACCAGCUUACCAUCACACACGACCACAACACUAAACACGUCUAGCACCAGCAUCAAGCUGAACCCCGGUAAAGCAGAAAUCAUCGAGCGAAUAUACGUGAACGACAGCAGAACCAACAACAAGUUCCUGAUCGACACCGGCGCGGAGAUUUCGGUUAUACCACCGUCAUACAAGGACAGAAUGAACCCGAUGCCAGCCAGGAAACUUUUCGCCGCGAAUGGUAGUUCAAUCGAAAUCUUUCGUUUUAGAUAUUAGAGGAAAGAAGUGCGAAAUAUCCGUCGAUCGACUGAAAGCAGCGAGAUAUGAUGAGCCAGACACCCAACAGCCCGACCCAGCCGAUCCUCAAAGGGCUGUCUACCGGACUCGAUACGGCAGGAAAAUUUAUCAACCGGAUAAAUUUUAAAUGAAGGGGGAAGUGAUGUGGCGUAACUAGCAAGCAAGCUCGCACGCAAGCCAGCGGCGAGUACUAAACACCGAAGUGUAGCUGCAUGAGUUCGGAUAUCCGAUCGAGGAAAACUGCGCGGCCGAUACUGACCAGGAAGGUCAAUGUGAAAUAAAACGCUCUCUGUUAUCCUGACCACGAAGCAAACCGGACGUGUAAGAUAUCAUCCUUUUUCCACAUCCGAAUACACCCUUUGAUAUUC